UAGCUCUUAGGACCCGAACGCUCUAAGUCGCGGAGUAGCGGGCCGAGCGCUCUAAGACGCCCUGGUAACGCUUUGUCCGUACAACAACAUGGCUGCGCCCAUGGACUCAGAAAAGGAGCAUUUUUUUCCCAUUUGGGCUGAAAGGGGUGUCAUUCAUGACCACUAUUUAGGCGGCUGCUGUUUACAUGAUGCAAACCUGGGAAGGUGGUAUGCACUUUCUGACCAGCGAAGCGGUGAGGUAGGCCAUAGUGGCUGCUGAGCUUGGGCGCCGUCGGUUCGGAAGAUCGCGCUGGUGUGGCCGACGCCAAGAAAGAAUGUCUGUGGUGCACCAGCUGUCACCAGGAUGGUUACUGGAUCAUCUUUCUUUUAUUAACAAGAUAAACUAUCAAGUUCACCAGCAUCAUGAGCCUUGUUGCAGUGAGAAUGGACCCCCUACUUCUGCCCACCUUGAUUCUGUGUCCUCUUUUGGAUCCUCAGCUAAAUUUAUUGCUUCUGACUCUCCCACUAAGCCAGAGAAUGAUGAUGGAGGAAAUUGUGAAACGUUCAUACAAAAAUAUAUUUUUCGAUCUGAACUGUUUGAGAUCACUAAACCUUAUAUAACUUCAGCUAUUCACAAGGAAUGCCAACAAAAUAAUGGAAAGGAAGAUCUAAUGAAUGGUGUUAAAAAAGAAAUCUCCAUUUCUACUCUUGGGAAGAAGCGUAAAAGGUGUGUUUUCAAUCAAGGUGAAUUGGAUGCCAUGGAGUACCAUGAAAAGAUCAGGGGCCUGAUUUUGGAUGGAUCUUCACAGAUAAUCCAGGAAGGUUUAAAAAGUGGCUUUCUUCAUCCACUUUCUGAAAAACAGGACAAGUGUAAUGAGCCCAUUACUUUACCACUUGAUACCUGCAAUUUGUCACAAUUAUGCGAAAUGGCAAAGCAUUUCCCUUCUCUGAAUGAAAUGGAACUUCUGACAUUACAAUUGAUGGAAAAUGAUAUGUCUGUUACAGAGCAGGAUUUAUUUUCACGGAUUGUUGAAAACAACUCUAGGUUCACAAAAAUGAUUACUCUAAUGGGACAGAAAUACCUGGUGCCACCAAAAAGCAGUUUUCUUUUGUCUGAUAUUUCUUGUAUCCGCCCACUUCUGAAUUGUAGGAAAACAUAUGAUGUAAUUGUGAUAGAUCCACCAUGGCAGAACAAAUCAGUUAAAAGAAGUAACAGGUACAGUUAUUUAUCAUCACUGCAAAUAAAACAAAUACCUAUCCCUAAACUGGCUGCUCCAAACUGCCUUGUUAUUACUUGGGUGACUAAUAGACAGAAGCACCUACGUUUUGUAAAGGAAGAACUUUAUCCUUCGUGGUCUGUGGAGGUAGUUGCUGAAUGGCACUGGUUAAAAAUCACCAAUUCAGGAGAGUUUGUAUUCCCAUUAGAUUCUCCACACAAAAAGCCUUAUGAAGUUCUUAUACUGGGGAGAGUUCAAGAUAAAACUGCUUUACCAUUAAGGAAUAUGCUCCCCAUUCCAGAUCAUAAGUUAAUUGUCAGUGUGCCCUGUACUCUUCACUCACAUAAGCCACCUCUUGCAGAGGUUUUAAAAGACUAUAUCAAGCCAGAUGGGGAAUGUUUGGAAUUGUUUGCUCGAAAUUUACAGCCAGGUUGGACUAGUUGGGGCAAUGAAGUUCUCAAAUUUCAACACGUGGAUUAUUUUCUUGCUCUGGAGUCUAGAAGCUGACUCUGAUCUUUAAGUUGAAAUUUUCUUCAGGUUUCUCCUACUCCCCCUCCCUUUAUUCUGACGGACUGUUUUCUUUCGUCACCAACAAGUAUGCUUAGACAUGUAAACAGGACAUGGUUGUUCAGCAAAAUGGCCGGAAGUGACUAGCCUUCAUGCAAUUUUGAGAUGAAUUUUUACUUCAGUUGCACGAGUAUUUUAUAUUAUCCUAGGCUCAUCACAAAUAAAGAUGUAAGCCUUUAGAAAGAUGGCAAGACUGUUACUGAAAAAGUCACAAAGCCUGCACUAAGGACCAGAGGUCAUAAUUUUGCCUAUGGAUGUGUUUUGUUUGGCUCACACAGUAAUAUAAAAAAUGUGAACCAUUAUUCUAUAAAAAUCAGGAAAUUUCACGUAAAAGUCCAGAUUUCUGCUUUUCUUUAAAAUUUAGAUGCUCUGACUACACUGUGGCAUGUGUUCUUUCCUAGUGUCAAUAUGUAGAACUCAGUGGUGGCAGUUCUUUUGGGAGGGGCCAUGCACAGUUUAUGACAGUGCCUCUUGCUCCAUGUCACUCACUUAUAUGGUCUAUGUGGCCCUUGUACAACCCAAAUAUACAGCCUGUGCUAUGCUGUUACAUUCUGGGAAAAGCAUUCAGAAACCUGCCAAAUUUAUACUGAGUUUAGGAAACAUUUUUGGAGGAUUUUAAAUUGUGUUCAAGAUCACUCUUCAAGUACGUGUUAGUUUGCUUAUUUUUCUGGAAAAAAUUUUAAAAAUAUUUUUUAUAAAAAUGUCAGAGGUGGAUCCAAGGUGUCAGCAGAAUAGGUGGAAGCUACACUCACUUCUCCCAGGACUAAAGUAGAAUUACAACUAAAAUAUAGAUCAACCAACCUGAAUAACCAACUGAAAACUAGCUGAACAGAAGUAUUAUAACCAAUAUUUUGCAGAAGAAGCCACGUCAAGACUAAUAGAAAGGGCAGAGUUGCAGUAGUGGGGUUGAGGGUCUGCGUGAAAAAGGUGAAGGGAUUAAUGAAAAAAACAACUCAUAGACCCAGACAACAGUAUGCUGAUUACU